GCGUUUACCGGGAACUUCUUACGUGUAGGAAGCAGAGCAUCAGAGGGCCAUGCAGAGACGCGCGAUCCGUGACGCCAAAACGCCUGACAAGAUGAAAAAGUCCAAAUCAGUCAAGGAAGACAGCAACCUCAGCCUGCAGGAGAAGAAGGACAAGAUCCAGGCGGGCUUGAAGAAGCUCACGGAGCUGGGGACCGUGAACCCGAAGAACCGGUACCAGGAGCUGAUCAACGACAUCGCCAGGGAUAUCCGGAACCAGCGGAGGUACCGGCAGAGGAGGAAGGCCGAGCUGGUGAAACUGCAGCAAACGUACGCUGCUCUGAACUCCAAGGCCACGUUCUACGGAGAGCAGGUGGAUUAUUACAAAAGCUACAUCAAAACCUGCCUGGACAACCUGGCCAGCAAGGGCAAGUGAGUGUGUCUUUUAACGAUUUAUCCAUGU